AUGUUUGAUACUUGUUGUGAAAAGUGCGAGCCCACAGACGAAUCUGUAAAAUUCUGGUCUGAUUUUAUUGACUAUAUGCUUGGUGUAAUUGAUGAAGAUCGAAAUGUUUACACUCCUGUUUUGAAUCAAUUUCCACAAGAAUUAAAUAUUGGUCAGUUGUCUGCAGCAACUCUUUGGAAUUUAUACAAAACUGAUUUGAAGGAUGCUCUUAUGGAACAUGCAAAGACUAAACGUUGCAAAACUCCAGAUUAUAUGAAUCUCUACUUUAAAGUUAAACAUUUUUAUUCAAUGUAUGUAGCAGAAUUACCUCAAUAUCGUGAAAGUAUUCCAGAAUUUCCUGAGUGGUUUGUUCCAUUUGUAAUGGAUUGGCUAAAUGAGAAUGACGAGCAUUCUAUGGAUAUAUUACGCAAUGCUUACAACCGUGACAAAGCAGACAAUUUCCCUCAAACCUCAGAACAUACAAAAUUUAGUAAUUCUGUAGUUGAUGUUUUUACUCAAUUAAAUGAAGCUUUGAAAGUUUUGAAACAAAUGGAUUGCCCAAAUCCGGAAGUUUGUGUUGAUAUGAUGAGGAGAUUUGCUACAACUUUAAAUAAAGUUUUGUUGGCAUAUUCUGAUAUGGUACAGAAAGAUUUUUGUAAAUAUGUGGAGAGUGAAAAAUUGGCUUGUAUUUUGAUGAAUAAUGUACAGCAAUUGAGAGUUCAACUAGAAAAAAUCUACGAAAACAUGGGUGGUGCACAACUCGACCCAGAUUCAAAUCGUGUAUUAAAUAGUUUACAAAAGAAGUUAAAUACAGUUUUGGAUCGUCUUUCUGGACAAUUUGUUGCAAGUUUAGAAUCUGGAAUUCAGGAACAGAUGAGCAGACUUGGAGUUUUGUUGGCUAAAAUUAAAGGACCUCAACAACAAAGAAGUCAAAUGGGGGGAGAGGUGGAUAUGGUAUUGGAACCUUUAAUGAAUUUGUUAGAACGGUCUUUACAACGAUAUGCACAGCAAUGUGAAAAGACUGUUUUGAAAUAUAUUUUAAAGGAAUUAUGGAAAAUAACAAUAAUUUCAAUGGAAAAGCAAGUAGUAUUACCCCCUUUAGGCGGAUCUUUAUCUUCUUCUACAGCUCCAUUAUUAAAGCAUGCAUUACCUAGUGCUAAAGGGGUUACAAAAUUAAUGUUACAACACACAACACAUUUAAAAGAAGGAAGUGGAGGAGGAGGAAAUAUUGGAGGGAUAAGUGGGGGAGGUGGGAAUGUUGGUGGAGGAGGAGGGAGUGGGUUAAGGGGAGGAAUGCAUUCUGUUAAAGAAAUGAUGGAUGCGGCACGUGAUAAUUCUGAACGUUCAUUGACUCCAAGACAGUGUGGAUUACUUGAUGUUGCUUUGGAUGCAAUAAAAGAAUGUUUCCACGCAGGCGGUCAAGGACUCAAAAAAUCUUUCUUUGAAAAAUCCCCAGAAUUACAAUCUUUAAAAUACGCCCUUUCAUUAUAUACCCAAACAACAGAACAAUUAAUUAGAACAUUUAUUUCAACACAAAAACAACAAGAUUUACCUUCACAAGACCAACCUGUUGGGGAAGUUAGUGUCCAAGUUGAUUUGUUUAAUCAUCCACACACUGGCGAACAAAAAAUUACUGUUAAAGUAAUCGCUGCCAACGAUCUUCGCUGGCAAAUAACUGGCUCUGGAACAUUUAAACCUUUUGUAGAAGUUCACUUAGUUGGGCCACAUUUGGCUGAUAAAAAACGUAAAAUGGCUACAAAAUCGCAAUCAAAUACUUGGACACCGAAAUUUAAUGAAACAAUGCAUUUCUUUAUUGGCAAUGAAGGAGAGCCAGAACAUUACGAAUUAAUGUUUCAAGUAAAAGAUUAUUGUUUUGCACGUGAAGACCGAAUUGUUGGUGUGGGUGUUUUGCAGCUUUCUCAAGUUCUCGAACAAGGUUCCUAUGCUUGUUGGGUACAACUUGGUCGGCGUUUAUUUAUUGAUGAAACUGGACUUAUUCUUUUGAGGAUACUUAGUCAAAGACAGAAUGAUGAAAUUGCCAAAGAAUUUGUUCGACUAAAAACUGAAUGCCGUUAUGAAACGGAAGGUCAAGGAUUAGCUAAUUCUGCUUCUUCACAAAGACUUGUAGCUGGUCGUUAG